AUGGGGCGCGUGAGGACGAAGACGGUGAAGAAGUCGUCCCGGCAGGUGAUUGAGCGGUACUACUCCCGCAUGACGCUGGACUUCCACACCAACAAGAAGAUCCUAGAGGAGGUGGCCAUCAUCCCCUCCAAGCGCCUCCGCAACAAGAUCGCUGGGUUCUCGACCCACCUGAUGAAGCGGAUCCAGCGCGGGCCCGUGCGGGGCAUCUCUCUCAAGCUCCAGGAGGAGGAGCGCGAACGCCGCAUGGACUUCGUCCCCGAGGUCUCCGCUAUCAAGACGGAGGGCAUCGAGGUCGACAAGGAGACCAUCGACAUGCUCGCCGCCCUCGGCAUGGCUGACCUCCCCGGCGUCAAGCAGGCCGAGACCUCGCAGGGCGCCGGCGGCCCAGGCUUCUACGGCGGCCGCGGAGGCGGCGCCGCCGGCCGCGGCAGGUACUAG